AUGCAUAAAGAGCAAAUAAAAGCAAAAAAAUUUGUAGCGGAAGCAGUUUGUCCGACUGCCGGCUGUACAACAUCAAGUGGACCUCAAAUGCGUUGCUCCAUCUGGCAUGCCACCACCUCGCGUUUAUUGGCUUCGAGGAAAUCAACUGCUCCAAUCGGAUACCGAUGUGCUGGUCACCAGCGAAGGUCACCUCCUUAUUGGUCAAGCACGACCUCAGGACACCGGGAACUACACUUGUGUUGCAGAAAACAUCGCUGCUAA